AUGGGUUCCACCGAGCGGGAAAGCACCUGCUACAACUCCGCCUAUCUGGCCGAGUAUUACGACAUCUGGACUGGGAAUCGCAACGACACCGCUUACAAUGCAAAUUCUCUCAUCCGGAUGACCGCCUCUUCCAAACCCUCUUCUCCACUGCUCGUCUUGGACGUUGGCACCGGCACCGGCCGUCUUAUCCAGGCGAUGAGUCGUCAUGCAGCGGCAACCCCCGGAGUCUCCCUUGCCAAUGUCGAGUUCAUCGGCCUGGAUAUCGAGCCGUACAUGCUCGCACGGGCAAGUGCGAUCAACGCCACCCUGGCGGUCGAGACUGGGUGUGCGCGCAUCACUUGGCUCCUGGGGUCCGCGCUGGAGAUGUCUGCCCUCCCCAUCUUCCGACAGAAGCACCCAACGCGGAAGACCGUCGAUCUUCUUACGAUUGGAUUCGGCAGUAUCUCCCACUUCUACCUCCCGGGCCAGCCGGAGCAGUUUUUAGCUGAAGUGGCCAGACUCCUGACCCCGGGCACCGGGCAAGCCCAGAUCUCCGUGGUGAACAAGCUUCUCAUCCACCCCGAGCGGGGGUUGGACAAGGACAUCACGGACCCAUUGCCGCCCAGUGAGCAUACCAGCGUCGAGUUUCCCGGCGUGGUGUAUCGCGAGACGGUGACGGAGAAUGGAGUCGAGGGGAACGUGUGGCGCGUGGUGCGGCAUAUCGAGGUCUGGAAAGGUCAGGAUACGCUCCUCGAGCGGAAUAUCGACACGGCGAUGUUUCGGAGCAUGGGGAGCAUCGGCGAGACUCUUGUGAAUGGCUCACCGUACCAGGAUGUGGUCAAAGAAUUUUGGUGUCGGAUACUCGAUCUAGAGGAGGAAGAUGUGGACGCCGACUCCAACUUCUUUGCCUUGGGGGGCGAUUCCAUUGAUGCGCUGAAAGUAGCGCGACUGGCCCAACAGGCAGGAAUAGCAUUAACAGUCCAUCUGAUGAUCCGCCAUCCACGAUUGUCUGAGAUGGUCCAGGCUGCAGCGGAACAACCGCUCCAACCAGUACAACCAAAAGAACCUGCGGACCCUGUCUCGUCUUCCGGUCGUUUCAUCCAAAUUCCUGCCUUUCAACACGAUGAGGUGGUCUCGCAGGCUGUGCAACAAUGUCAGGUCCCUGAAUCUGCAAUAGUCCAUUUCGUUCCGUGCACCCCGAUGCAGACGGGUCUCGUGGUGUUGACCGCACAGCAACCGGACUUAUACUGGGCGGAACAAACCUUUGAAUUUCCCCCGGAGUGGUCCGUAGCACAGGUAGAAGCAGCGUGGGCCAGGGUGGUCGAGGCCAACGAGGUCCUCCGCAGUCGCAUCAUCCAACUUCUGGAUGGUCGCUGUUAUCUGGCGGUGCUGCAUCCCCAGGCUGUGGCCACGACGCCUGAGGACACCACAAAUCCCAGCCGUGGAUUGCCCUUCGGAAAGCCUCUUGUUCAUUGCUGGAUCAAGCCCGGACGCCUCCGCUGGCAUGUGCAUCAUGCUGUCUAUGACGCGUGGUCGCAACGAUUGAUUUUAAACGCCCUUGUGGAAGCGUACCGCGACCUCACGAGUCCCCGAAUUCCUCCCCACCCCCCUUUCUCUGCGUUUGCGAGCCAUCUCGCGCAGAAGGACCUACGCCCGUCCACAGACUUCUGGAAACAGUAUCUUCGCGGAUUCGAUGGCCAAGCUUUCCCUCGCGCCCUGUCUCUGGACGAGUCGAGAGUCCAAGCCCAUGUGUCCGGCAAGUCUCUUUGGGGUCCCCAGCAGCAGCAUCUGGGGUCUACGGCUGCCACCGCGAUCCAAACCGCGUGGGGAAUUGUUCUGGCGCGGUACAACCAGACAUCGGAUGUGGUAUUUGGCGUGGUGAGCAACGGACGCGCCGCGGCAGAGAUUGAGGGGGCUGACAUCGCCCGUAUUAUCGGACCGACCAUUGCCACUUUUCCGGUUCGUCUACAACUCGAUGAAAGCUCUACCACCGUCGCGGCGUGUCUAGCCUCUACUCAAUCGCAAUAUGGCGAUUGUUUACCCCACGAGCAUGUAGGACUGUCACACAUCGCCUCCCUGGGCGAAUCUGGCCCUGCGCAGGCCACGCGCUUCCAGAGUCUCCUCGUCGUCCAGCCCGAUGACGAAGCUAACGAUGGUAGUAGCCCCAUUCAAGAGAUCUGGGCCGAGCGACGCGAUGAUUACAUGGACUACCCCUUGUCCCUCGAGUGCUUCCUAGGCCCCGGCGCUAUCCGCCACACGCUCACAUACACCGAGUCCUGCAUGAGUCGCUGGGAGGCGGAGCAACUGCUUGCACGGUUCAUCCACGUCCUCGACUGGAUUGCCCAACCCGCCAACCAACACUCCCUCGUUUCGAAGCUUGAGCUCUGGUCCCCCUCCGAUACCGCCACAAUGCAGCAAUGGCAGGCUACCCCUAUCCGCUUAGUCACGGAAUGUCUGCAUACCCGCAUUGAGCAGAACGCCGCUGCGGGGAAGUGGAACGACAGCCUAGCUGUUGUAGCAUGGGAUGGGGAGUUGACCUACCGUCAGCUUCUCACCGUCUCCCACCAUUUCGCCCACCAACUGCAGGCGGCGGGCGUCGGCCCGGAGGUGCUGAUACCCAUCGCGCACGAGAAGUCCAUUUGGUCAUUGAUCAGUAUACUUGCUGUCCUGCAAGCGGGGGGAGCCUUUGUUCUCUUGGACAGUGGCCUGCCGGUGGCGCGCAUGCAAACCAUGAUCUCGGUGGUGAAUGCGCCCCUCGUCAUCUGCUCGCGACAGUUAGAAUACAAAGUAACGGACCUCGCCGAUCGGGUUUUGUGUCUCGACCCAGAACGACGUUCUGAUUUGCUACGACGCUCCACCACCGACCCUCUUCCCCCCAAGUUCCCGUCUGGCGUCACUGCCGAGAAUGCCGCGUAUGCUGUGUUCACGUCGGGGACGACGGGAAUCCCGAAGGCAGUGUUGGCCGAGCACCGUCAGGUAGCCACCGCCUUCGAGGCUCAGGCCCAACAGGGGAUGUUCCAACGUGGGCGGCGCAUGCUGCAGGUGGCCACCUAUAGCUUCGAUCCCUCGAUUGCGGACAUGUUAGGGCCGCUGUUGGUGGGAGGGGUGGUGUGCAUCCCGCGUGAAGACGAGGUCCUGACGGAGCUGGCUGCCGUCAUCCGCCGGUUCCAGGUCGAUGUGAUCGAUAUUACUCCUUCGGUGGCCAAUCUUCUGGACCCAGCGGAGAUUCCGACGUUGAAGGAGUUGCGGCUGGGCGGGGAGGCUGUCACUGCUGCCCAGCUGGCGCGCUGGACGAGCAGCAGCAGCAGCCGCCGCAGCUCCUCUCCGCUCGAGUUCCAUAACAGCUACGGGCCAAGUGAAUGCUGUGUAACUGCGGCACUAACCCCACCGCUGCAUGCCGCCGCCGAUCCCCUCAAUUUUGGUUUCCCCGUUGGCUGUCGUAUGGUGAUUGUGCACCCGGAUGACCCACGCCGGUUGGUGGCGCUGGGGCUUGUGGGCGAACUGGCCAUCCAAGGCCCGAUCGUGACUCGGGGGUAUCUCAAUAAUCCCGGUGCACAGGCCAAAGCAUUCUUGGAAUCUGCCCCAUGGGAGGAGGACAAACAGCUCUCAUCUCUUCCUGAUUCUCCACCUUGGGCCUCGCGGGUCUACUUGACCGGAGAUCUGGCGCGGUUCGCCGCCGACGGGUCGGUCAUCUUCGUCGGUCGUAAGGACCACCAGGUCAAGCUGCAUGGCCAACGGAUCGAGCUCGGGGAGAUUGAAGCGACCGCGCGGAAGCACGAAGAGGUGGAGGCCGCCGUUGCGAUGAUCAUUAAGACAAGUGGGUGCUCGGAGCUGGUGUUGGUGGCCCAGUGCAGUCCCGGUUGUCGUGAUGACUUGGGGCUACUGCAACUCCAAGAUCGGCGUGAUCUGUAUAGCUCGCUCCAACAACAUCUCGCCGCCCUACUGCCCGCAUACAUGGUGCCAGCCAUCUGUCUCUUUGUGAACCGGAUACCUCUCUCUCUGACCGGCAAGACAGACCGCAAGGGCCUCCAACAAUGGGUGGAGCAGCAACCAGACCUCUCGGCCUGGCGCACAAGUACUCCGACAGCGACAAUCCCGGCCUCCGACACUGUCGCCCGAAAACUGAGCCAGUUGCUUGCUCUCUCGCUUCCGGUGCUCGCUUCUAGCUGGGAUUCCGAUAAUCCGCCUGAUGUUGCCCCCAUCGCCGCCGGACUGGACUCCAUCCGCAUGGUCUCAUUUGUGCGCGCCAUCAACCAUACCUUCGGCGUCCGGUUGCCGCUCAGUCGCAUCCCACGCGCCAUGGUACUCACCGAGCUCGCUCGCGAGGUGCAUCAGUUGCAGCAUGGCCCGAGUGAUGACGAGACACCCGAAAGCGAUGCCGCAUCGGAACAGAACAAGGAGGUUGACCUAAUGCUCGCGGAUCUCCAGAGCGGGAUUCCAGGCCCACUGGCGCUUGGCUCCUCCUCCCCUUCUCUCCCGCCGCAAAUUUCCGCAUCCGCCAACCACCAUGUGCUCUUGACAGGCGCGACCGGUUAUGUGGGAACUGCCAUCCUCCACAGGCUACUGACGGAUUCACGCGUACAAACCGUCUAUCUCCUGGUCCGCAGCCCUGAUCCUGCCGCUGGCCUCGAGCGCGUCCGAGCCGCCGCCACCACUGCCGGGUGGUGGGACGAGCCGAUCCACGCCCCGAAGGUACAAAUCUGGUCUGGCGAUCUCGCGCGUCCACGACUCGGACUCUCUGAGGCCGCAUGGAGCCAGCUAGAAGGGACAACAAGCAGCAGCCAUGACACGUCUGAAGAUGCAGCAGCACCUCCGGUGACGGCAAUCGUCCACAACGGCGCCCUCGUGCACUGGCACCGCAGCUACACCGAGCUCCGCGCCGCCAACGUACUUGCCACGGCGCAGCUCGUCGCAUGUGUCGCCGCUAACCCGCACAUCACGCGCUUGGAAUACAUCUCCGGCGGCGCGCAAUGGGAUCCCGCCGAUCCGAGGGUGGUGUUCGAUCCUGUGACGCUGCGCCACAAAUUACGGGAAACGAAUGGGUAUGGGCAGAGCAAGUUGAUUGCCGAGCAGAUCGUGGCUGGGACGGCAGCAGCGAAAUCAGUGACUACUCCCAGUUCUAGAUUCGGCAUCCUCAAUCCCGCUCUCAUCAUCGGCGGACCUCGCAGCCACCAUUACGCCGCUAACCUCGAUGAUCUACUGUGGCGUCUGGUGAGUGCGUGCGUUCUGAUCGGUGAAUAUUAUCCGGAGCCGGAGCCCCAGGAGGCUUGGAUUUACGUGUCAACUGCUGAUGCUGUCGCGGACGCGGCAGUGGGCGGUCUAUUCUGGUCCUCGCCGUCGCUGGAUACUACUACCACUACUGCUGCUGCUACGGCUGCUGCCGCUGCCCCCGGAGGAUUACAGACAAGGAAGAUGAUUUUCAGCGGGCUGCGGGUGGACACCUUCUGGGAUGCAGUGAAUGCCGGCUUGGAAGAGGAUGGGUACGAGCAGAAGACAAAGAUUCUGAAGAGGAGUGCGACAUAUGCGACCUGGUUGUCACGACUGAACGAGUCGAUGGCUGCAGUUGGGGAGGCGCAUCCGUGUUGGCCUGUUAUACAUGUCAUUGAGACGAUGGGAACGGAGUUGCUGAGUAGUCCCAUGCCUCCUACAUCUGCAUGGGGGCCCGGGGAAAAGUGGGAGGAGGUAGAGCAGGUCAUGGCGCGGACUGUAAUGCUAAAUGUGCGCUACCUACAAAAAAUUGGGUAUCUGGGAAGGUCUUCGGCUGCUGGAACGGAGAUUACUGGUGGGUUUUGGCGGCGAGGUUGAGUUUAAGGACGCAUAGUUAGAGGAUUAUAUAAUUUCUCACACCUGGCUAUGAGCUGUUGGAUGGUGUGGAGUGUAGUAGAUGUCUAUGCCCAGAAUACGUUUUAUUUCUG